UGCCAGGUGGAAAGGAUCGUGGACAAGAGGAAGAACAAGAAGGGCAAGUGGGAGUACCUCAUCCGAUGGAAAGGCUAUGGCAGCGCCGAGGACACCUGGGAGCCCGAGCACCACCUGCUGCACUGCGAGGAGUUCAUCGACGAGUUCAACGGGCUGCCCGUGCCCCGGGACAAGCGCGCCAAGGCCGGGAAGCAGCCGGGCGCCGGCAAGCUCCUGCGCGACAGCCGCGGCCCUGGCGACAAGCUGGCCCCGCGGCCCGCGGAGCCCGGCAAGAGCAAGGCGGCCUCGCACAAGCGGAAGCGCAUCAACCCUCCGCUGGCCAAGCCCAAGAAAGGGUGCGCAGGCAAGUCCCCCGGGCCGGGGGGCGAUAGGGCCGCCAAGACCGUGUCCUACCGGACUACCCCUAGUGGCUUGCAAAUCAUGCCCCUGAAGAAGGCUCAGAACGGCCUGGAGAAUGGGGACGGGGACGGCGGCUCCGAGAAGGACGAGAGGCACUUUGGGAACGGGUCCCUUCAGCCUGAUGUGGAUUUGGAUGACCCGGUUGGAGAGCAGGACGCUGUGGACUGCGACGGGACCCACUCCGUGCUGGUGGAGAACGGGCUCGGUUCUGCACUGACCAACGGGGGGCUGAGCCUGCACAGCCCCAUGAAGAGGAAGCUGGAGACAGAAAAGGAUUACGUCUUUGACAAGAGGCUCAGGUACAGUGUCCGGCAGAAUGAGAGCAACUGUCGGUUUCGAGACAUCGUGGUGCGGAAGGAGGAGGGCUUCACACACAUCCUGUUAUCCAGCCAGACCUCAGACAACAACGCGCUGACCCCGGAGAUCAUGAAGGAGGUCCGGCGAGCACUGUGCAACGCGGCCACGGACGACAGCAAGCUGCUGCUGCUCAGCGCAGUGGGGAGCGUGUUCUGCAGUGGCCUGGACUACUCCUACCUGAUUGGCCGGCUGUCCAGUGACCGGCGGAAGGAGAGCACUCGAAUUGCAGAAGCCAUCAGGGACUUUGUGAAGGCCUUUAUUCAGUUUAAGAAGCCUAUUGUGGUGGCCAUCAACGGGCCAGCCCUGGGCCUGGGUGCCUCCAUUCUGCCUCUCUGUGACAUCGUGUGGGCCAGCGAGAAGGCCUGGUUUCAGACACCCUACGCCACCAUCCGCCUCACGCCCGCUGGCUGCUCCUCCUACACCUUCCCCCAGAUCCUGGGUGUGGCGCUGGCUAACGAGAUGCUGUUCUGCGGGCGGAAGCUCACGGCCCAGGAGGCCUGCAGCAGAGGCCUGGUGUCCCAAGUCUUCUGGCCCACCACGUUCAGCCAGGAGGUCAUGCUGCGGGUCAAGGAGAUGGCGUCCUGCAGUGCUGUGGUGCUGGAGGAGUCCAAGUGUCUGGUGCGGAGCUUCCUGAGGUCGGUGCUGGAGGACGUGAACGAGAAGGAGUGCCUCAUGCUCAAGCAGCUCUGGAGCUCCUCCAAAGGCCUGGACUCCCUGUUCAGCUACCUGCAGGACAGGAUCUACGAGGUCUGAGGGCUCCAGCUCACUUGUGCCCAUGCUCAGGGCACCUGACUUCCAGCUCAGCCCGGUGUUCCGGCCACGGAGCCCAGCGUUGCCCUGGCCAAGGAGGCUGUUGAGCUGUCUCUGUCCCUAGGGUCGUGUCCAUUUCCUUGUGUCCUCUGGUCGUCCUCAUUGGCUUGAUUCUGUGUAACAGUGGGAAGGGCAGCGUCCUGGGCCUCCCACACCCCUCCCAGCUGGUACAGAGGUCUCCAGGGCUGCGUCUUCCCAGGGCUCCGCCAGGUGCCGCUGGCCUUUCCCCACUUGCUGACAUGCACCACCGUGGUCCAGGAACGGGAUGCCACUCUCCCCAUCCUUCUGACUCAGGCUGUGUCUGCACAGUGCCUCUGAUUUGGAGAUGGGGCCCUCACGGCUCUCUCUGGCUAAGUGUAGAUCUUGAGCCAGGGGACGAUCAAUCUUAGGGAAUUCACAGACCAAUGAGCAAGUGCUUGUGUAGACCUGGCUUCAGUCUCCUCUCCAGUGCGAAUCUGUGUGACUCUUAGGGCUUGGUCUUAAAACCCAACCAAGUGAUUUACAAACCCAGAUAUUGUACAUUUAGAAAUGUUUUGUUAAAUAUAUAUUUUUAAAACAAUGUAAGUGGAAAUUCUGAUAAUUUAUGUGUAUUAUAUGUAA